AUGGCGGAGUUUCUUAGGCUGCAAGAUCCGACCAGAAAUUGGGCGGCGGAGUUGGCAAAUUUCAGCCGAAUCGGAGGACAGGGGAGCGUGACCGGAGCAAGCCCGGCAGUAACCGCAUCAGAGACAAGCGCGCAGCCCACGGCACAACCUCCAUCUACCAUGCCGACUUCCCCAACGACUCCACAAGAAGAGGAAUCUCACACUGAAGCCGCACCGUCAGAACCCUCGGAACCCUCUCCGAGCCACCAAGAGACAGAGCCCAUGGAUGUUAACCCUAUCGCGGCCUAUUACGAUUCUGAUCCAGAAGAAAGGAAGGAAAGGCUGAGGAAGGAGAAGCAAGGCCAAGAGGGAAGAAGUGCAGCUGAGGAGACGCCGGUCGCAGAAACCGCUAUUUUAGAUGAUGUCAAUCGGAUGGAAAAUGACACUGCUGUGGUGGCUGAGGGGCUAGACCUCGCAUCACAAGCAGUAGGAGAGAGUGAAGAAGCCGAAGAAGAAAAACGCUCGGAAAGCCAAGCUAGUGAAGAAGAGAUUAUGCUGGAAUCACCCCAGCCAGAAGCAGAGAGGGGUGAUACAUCUAUUGAAGAACAUGAAACGAAAGCAAAAGAAACAGAAGCAAGACCAGAACGAGCCCAGGAACACCGGAGGGAACAAAGUGAUAACGAAUACGCUGUCAGUGAAGAGUCAGAAUCGGACAGCGAUAUUUCCCUGGAGGACGAGGAGUACAGUGAGCAACAGUUUCCGCACUAUCAUCGGGAGCUAGUACAUCCCCCGGUAGAGAGACAGAGGUACCGGUGCUGGAUAGUGGACCUUACUGAUGAUCUGGGCGUACCACAUUUCUAUGCAAUGGGAGAAGAAGCUAUGCCUACAGGGAGAGCGACAGCAGCCCAGGGAACACCAGCGCAGGAGCAGAGGCAGGAGAGGUUGGAAAAAGCAGUGGAAGAAUUGGCGGAAGAGAAUCGAAAAGCAAGAACGGAGUUAAGCCGUUUGGCAACUGUGAUGGAAGGAAUCUUGAACGAGUUGGGAACCGGGAAGUUGGUAGUAUAA